AUGGCAGCGCUUUUACUUUGCAGUGACUGCUUUGCUGCAAAAAUAUUGGUCACUUCUAAAUACAGAGCCAGCAGCGCAUUCCUUCCUGCUUUCAAAUUGAAUGUCCAAAUCACAUCGUCCUUGACUGGUCCAAUAACUGUGGAUGACGUUAUAUAUGAACAAACUGAUGAGAAUAUCAGCUGUCUGUUUCAAUCAGAUAAUGUGAUGUUCCGUCGCCUCACUUUUCAAAGAACUGAGAGUUUGGUGCAAUCUGAGGCUGUGCUAACAAGUGAAGGAUCACAGAAAAAUAUAACUGACAAGGAUCAGAAGAAAAACCUAAGAUCUAAAUCCAGAAAGAAGGGAAGUAAGACAAGUUCUGAUGCGGAAACCAGAAUUGCUCUGGUUUCCGCUGGAACCAGAGCAGAUCUGCUCUGGCCGGAAACUAGAGCUCCGGCGGACUGGCUUGAUGAAAUUCAGGACUAUUGGGAGUGGUCGUGGGAUGAACUGGUGGCUUAUGACCUGCCUGCUACAUUGCAGUAUGUUCAUGAUCAAACUGGCCAGGAUAUGCAUUAUGUUGGCCACUCUCUGAGAACUUUGAUUGCGUUUUCUGCCCUUUCGGAACACAAGCUGUUGAAUUUAUUGAGAUCGGCAGCUCUCCUCAGUCCUAUCGCUUACUUGGCGCAGCUUAGAUCAUCUAUUGCCAAAUUCGGCGCUAAUGCUUAUAUAACUGAAAGAGGCUGUCAAAAUUGUUGUGUCAACUCCUCGAGGACUGUUAUAUUGCUGGAGCAUGAGCCUCAAUCCACCGCUACAAAGAACUUGAUUCACAUAGCACAAAUGGUAAGAGAAGGGAGUAUAACAAUGUAUGAUUAUGGAAGCGAGAACGAAAACAAUAAGCACUAUGGUCAAUCCAGUCCUCCGGCUUACGCCAUGGCAAACAUCCCCGACGACUUCCCUCUUUUCCUCAGCUAUGGUGGGCAAGACUAUCUAUCUGACGUUAACGACAUCAAAAUUUUGUUGGACCAACUUCACAAUCACAAUGGUGAUAAGUUACUGGUCAAGUUCAUAGAAGACUAUGCGCAUGCAGAUUUCGUGUUUGGUGUAAAUGCUAAACAACUUGUGUAUGAUGAUGUUACUAAUUUCUUUCAAGAUUAUUAG